AUGAGAAUAGUUGUUUUGUUGAUAUUUCUACAAGUGCAUCUCAAACGAAUACAAGGAUCCGUGCAAGAAGAUGAAAUACAAGGAUCUGCGCAAGAAGAUGCAUUGCAUUUUCUCACGCAUGAUGAUUUUCAUCGACCAACAGAAGAUGCGGAAGUGUUCCUCACCGAAGAAGAUUUUCGUAAUGGAGAGCUUCUAACAAGCAAAUCCUCCAAUACUUCAAAAUUUCUCACACGCCAAUUAUUUUCACAUGGCGACAUUCGGGGAAAAGCCGCGUGGAAACUGAAAACCCGCCGAAAAGGUGCCCGUCGAAAUGGAGUCAUCGCCGGCAUCAAAAAAUGGCCCAAUGGUCGGAUACCUUAUGUGCUCAGUGGACAGUACACAGAACGGGAACGUGCAGUACUUGCCAGGAGCUUUCAGGAGUAUCACAAGAGGACAUGUGUCCGAUUUGUGCCUCGAUCUCCUUUGGAUCGCGACUAUCUGUACAUAGGAAAAAUUGACGGAUGUUAUUCUGAUGUUGGCCGAGCUGGAGGAAGACAAGAAUUGUCACUUGAUGAUGGUUGCAUGCAGUACGACACGGCCAUUCACGAGCUGAUGCACUCUGUGGGCUUCUAUCACGAGCACGAAAGAUGGGAUCGCGACAGCUACAUAAAGAUUCUGUGGCAAAACAUUGACAGAGAUGCAUACGAUCAGUUUGGUAAGGUGGACCUGAGCGAGAGUUCUUACUAUGGCCAAGUUUAUGACUACUAUUCAAUCAUGCACUAUGACAGUCUGGCAUUUUCCAAGAACGGUCUUGAGACAAUGGUGGCUAGACGUCCUGAAAUGACAAGGGUGAUAGGGUCAGCGAUCAAUUUUAGUCCGACCGACAUACUCAAAAUGAAUCUGAUGUAUAAAUGCGGUCACGAAACUAUCCCGGAUGUUGUGAAUUCAAAUUCGGUUCCACCAAUUCCACCACCACCACUCCUUCCUCCUCCAACACUUCCAGCUGUUCAUACUCCUAUUGGCAGUGUUCGUCCUAUUACUGUAGAAGACGAGGAUGACGAUUGCAAGGACAAAACCAACUUGUGCUGGAGAUGGCUCGAUCGUUGUAACUCAUUCUUUUUCGAAAAGAUUAUGAAAGAAUUCUGUGCUAGUUCCUGUGGUUUCUGUUCACCCAAGAUACCCACAGCACCUAAAAAAUCCCCUGAAGAAGUUCCACCGAGCUACCUAACCUUGGGCUGA